AUGGUCAUGCAUAACUUCUGCCACCCGUGCGAUUGUCAGGUCAUGGAUUCUUUAUCCUCGAGAUCUACGGUGCAGCAGUUGGCCACAGCUUUGCAGCUUUCCAUUCCGGUGUCAGCUGCAUCUCUCGGAGACUCCACACUGCUUUCGUUUGGCCUUGGCACUGUGAACCUGGAAGGUCUCGAUGCUUUACUGGCAUCCAAAGGCUGGUCACCUGAUGCUGAUGAGCUCCCUGUUCUCAGGAUGCUGUGGGUGCAGGCCCACAAGAUCUGUACUUUGCCGUCGGUGGCCUCAGAUACCUCGGCGAGUACUUUGCACUCAUCUUGGGCAGAGACCUUUCCUCCCAAACUUUCCACAGAAACCACUUUACAGUUGAAGCGUGAUUUCGAGAAAGCCUACCCUUCCGAAGUUCUCGACGACACCAACUUUCCGAGUGCACGCCUACUUUCCCUUGCUUACAGGCUAAAAGGCACGACGGACUGGAAGUUCAUCUCCUGGAAACACAGACUUUCCAAACAGCAAGAAGAAGACUACAACUCGGCUCGGCCCAGAAAGUUGGCAAGAUUUGAGAACUUUACCGACGUCCUUUACGACGACGUGCCCUCGCGUAACGUUGCGGAGAAUAUGGGAUUGUAUGGGAUAAGCAAUUUACUUUCCAUACAUUCCAACGCCCUCGCGCUUGCGGACAUUGCUCAUCUCGCUACUUUACGUUCCUAUGAGCGUAAGUUCUUGAAACAUGUCCAGGCGAGAACAGACCCAACUUUGCGCCCACCAACGCACAGGAGUGCGAAGCCGCGGCUCGCUCCUUUCAAAGGCGGCAAGAAAGGGGAUGGCAAGGGUGGAAAGGAGCCCUGGAAGGGCCACACUCCCAAGGGGGGUAAGUCCACGGGGGGCAAAGGCGGCACAACUCCGGGAAAGGGGAAGUCUACCUUUACCAAAGGUACUCAUGCCUUUGAGUGGGCAAACAAGGCGAAGAUCAAUGGAGAGACCAAGGUGCUUUGCAUGGCAUACAGUACCCACAAAGGCUGCACUUCCAACAAUUGCAAGUUUGAGCACCUUUGCCCCGUGAUCCUGGAGAACGGUAAGAUUUGCCUGCAGAAGCAUCCGGCUUUUCAGCAUGCACAAAAGGCAGGCGAGGAAGGCCUGGUUCCAGUUGCUUUGCCUGCAGAUGCUACAGGCUUUUUCCUGGACAUCAACGGGGGGCCCGGCGCCCUCUUUCAGCAGCAUUUCUUGGAGCUGGCUGUGAUACUUUCUCGGUCGCUCCCGAAAUUUUCCCUGAACGUUGCCCUUUUGCACAUCCUGCUUUGCGCCAGUGAUUUCUCAUCGAGUCUUUUCGAGCGCAUGAUUCAGAUAGCACACGCAUGCUUUGCGGAGAUGGGCGCAGACGCUAUUUUCUGGGACCCACAACGGCACAUCAAAGAGAGAUUCGAGCCACCCUUUGCCAACCAGGAUGGUGCUGGGAUUUACUCGGAUGUACUUUGUGAUCUCAGGUCCAAACUUCGACAGUGGAUCUUUGACGAAAAGAUCCCACAACGUCUACAGGCCCAUGCUUUACUGCACAGCUCAAAGCCACUCUUUCAGGAAGUUGAGAUUCAGCAUCUCAGACAGCUUUUCCAAUCCUGGGUCUCGGAACAAGGAUCGUCACAUGUGGUUGACUGGACGAUUCCGGAUCAUCAACCUUAUGCUUUGCAUGCUUUGAAGUUCUUCUCAGAGUUUGUCAAGGACAAGGAUGAUACACUUUGCCAGUGCCUGCUUGAUGGUGUUCCCACAGGAUACGACAGUGACAUCCCGCUUUCCAAGGUUUUCAUACCGCAUCCGUCGGCACCGGAACUUGAUCACCAGCUUUCCAUUGCCAAGGACAACUGGCAGAGUGCCAAUAAUGACCCGGAUACUUUGCGGGAGCUGGUGCAUGCUGAGGUCCAGAAAGGAUGGUUGUUUGAGAUGCCUUCUUUGCAGGCGGCACAGGAGCGUUGGGGAGAGCGCGUCUACAAGAUGUUCGAGAUUGCUUUCCUUUACGCCUUCAUGCAGGCCUGUGUGAAGGCUUCCAUCUCGACGUCAAGGCGGCGCAUAAAACGGUUCGUGUCAAAGAGGCGGACCAGGGACUGCUUGGUGUCACUUUACCGGGAGAAGAGGGUAAAGAUGACAAACUUUUCUUUUACCGGAGCAAACUUUUCUGCUUUGUGGUUUCAACGGCUGGCGGGUAUGCUUUUACGCCUCAUGCAUCUCUGGAUCUUUGUGCGCCAUGCUCUCAUGGGUUACGUCGACGAUUUCCUUUUCAUCCAGGACCGUGAGUGCAUCCUUUAUUCCGCGUCACUCUUACUUUGCUUUACAUCUAUAUUCGGAGUGCCUUUGAGCUGGGCCAAGUUGCAAUUGGGGAGUUGCAUUACCUGGAUUGGCUGGACAUUCAACUUUACCAGCGGCUCUUUUCAUAUUCCGCAAGAAAAAGUUGAUAAGCUUUUCAAUUUGAUCAAGGAAGCUACACGGUCCAGAAGGGUUACGAGUGCUUUGCUCCACAAGUUGGUGGGACUCCUACAGUGGUUCUGUCAGCUUUACAGAUCGUGCAAGCCUUGGCUUGCGUCUCUUUUCUCAGAUCUGCAUCGGCAUUUGGCUUCCCAGUAUAGCAUAUCACAGGGGCUCUGGCCUUCUUUGGCUAACUACCUAGAUGAUGAUCUCCGCUUUACAUCCGUACCUCCGGGUACCCAAGUUCCACUUGGAGGCAAGCUACUGGAAGCACGACAUACAGAACUGAAAACAAAGCAAGACCUUUGCAAGGUACGUACUUCCAAUCGGAUCUGGAUACGGGUGACCAAUCCCAAAUCUGAUCGGCGUUCUUUGUCACCAGCAACGCGGACCUUUCUUUCAUUCUGGAGAGAAUGGUGUCAAAUACCUCAGCCUUACACUGCUCUUUCUGUUCCUUUGCGACUCCAGGUUGAGGCCUUUGCGGAUGCAAGAGCUGAUGGCGAGCUUAUUGGGAUUGGCGGUUUUAUUGCUUUCCCGUCUGGUGCAUACAUCUGGUUUUCUCAAGCUUGGCAACUUUCCGAUCUGUCAGUUUUGGGUUUGGAACUUCGCCGACCCGCGCACAAAGAUAUUGCCUGUUAUGAGACUUUGGCGCAGAUUGCUUUGGUACAUGCUUACAGGUCAGUAUUUCCUUCGGGUCGAGUGGCAGUUCGCCUCCCCUCCUUUUCUGACAACGCCUCGACAGAGGCAUUGGGUGCGAAACUUUACACCGCCAAGUGGCCACUGGGAGCGUUUGCCCAGAAACUUUCUCUCAUAUCCGCAGCUUCGGGUAUCGAGCUGGAUAUUUCUCACAUCGCCGGUGAGAAAAAUGAUGAUGCAGAUAUGUUGAGCAGGUGGAAUCAAACUGAUUCUUUACCUGACAAAUGGCGCAAAGAAGACCGGGUGGACUGCUCUCUCAAGUUCAUCUGGUUCUUUCGCAAGGAGGUCCUUGUGUGGCCUUCCCACUUUUCUUUACCAGCAGUGACACAGGAACGACAUGUGUCAGAUGAUGACAUAUGA